AUGACUUUUGACAACGCAUUCUGGUCAUCAAUCUCUGGCUAUCUCUCUAUAGGAUGCUGGCUCAUCGUUUUUACACCACAACUAUGGGAGAACUACACGAGAAAAAGUGGUGACGGUCUUUCUAUGACUUUCCUUGUCAUUUGGCUUUUAGGCGACGUCUUCAACCUUGUUGGCGUAGUAAUGCAAGAUCUCCUUUUUACAAUGCUGCUUCUAGCUGUUUGGUACACACUUGCUGAUAUUGGACUUAUUUGGCAAGUUCUUUACUAUCAGAAUACGAGAUCAGAAAGAAAACGCAGUGAAGACAGCCGAGAAACAGAUCCACUUCUCCCAAGGAACAUCUUGGAUGAGCCAACAAGACGAAAGCGCAACCAGAUCAUUCCUAUAGCGACCCUGGUUAUAUCCACGAUAGCUUUAAUUGGGAGUCUUGUCUACUACGGCUUUACACAUAUGGAUUCUGACGAUAGCUCGCAUGCGGAUAAGGACAAAACGCAAUUUCAAAUCAUACCCCAGAUCAUGGGCUGGACCAGUGCCGCGCUUUAUAUCGCAAGUCGAGUUCCGCAAAUCGUUAAAAACUACAAGGAUCAAAGUACGGAAGGGCUCAGUUUGGCGAUGUUUUUCUGUGCUGUUAUGGGAAAUGUGUUCUUCACCUUGUCAAUCUUUUUGCGGUCAGUCGAUCCGACAUACCUUUUAAUUAAUCUUUCUUGGAUUAUUGGAAGCUGUGGAACACUGGUGUUUGAUUUUACUGUAAGUUUACGGAUCUUUAAUUAA